CAAGCUGAUAUCUCCGAUGAUCUUUUAUCUUUGGCUUCGGGUCCAUCAUUUACUUCCAAGAUGUACCAUGGGUUUGAUAUCAAUGAUUAUCGUUUUCAUACAUUUUCAAGGGAUCAAAGCAUGGGAUCUCAAAGUUCAGGAGUACUUUAUAGGAGAGAGAAUAAUUCUAUAGAAAAAGAAUAUUAUGGAGUUAUUGAUGAGAUUUAGGAGCUGACUUAUCUUGAAUCAAAAUAUAUAUAUCUUUUUAAGUGUGAGUGGUAUGAUGUCCAACAUCUAGGGUCCGGAUAUAAAGUUGAUCAGUUUGGGAUUAUAAAUGUUAAUGUCAAUAAGUGUUUAAAUACAACUGAUCUAUUUAUCUUGGUUCAGCAAGGAGAAUAAAUAUUUUAUAUUUCAGAUCCUAUCGAUUCUAAUUGGGCAGUUGUAAUGAAAACAAAAUCAAGGAAUGUCCACAAUAUUCCUUUGAGUGGAAAUAACAUAAAUACUGACAACGCAAAGAUUGAGGAGGCCUAUCAAGAAGAGGGUGUAGAUGCUGGACACAUCAAUCAAUCAUUAGAUAAAGAUGAUAAUAUUGGCACACUUAGUAGGGAUGACAUUGCUAGUGAGGAAGUGUCAUUUUCACUAGCCAAAGAGAUUGAAGAUCGUAUUCCUCGUCCUUCUAAAUUUGAAGAUAACAUAUCUGAUGAUAAUAAUGAAAUUGGGAUGGAGGAUGCAGACAACCAUUAUCAAGCUGAAACUGAAAUAUGCCUUAUAAAAUCAGAAUAAAUUUAUUACAAUUUUUUUUGAUUAGUUUAAAUAGGUGUGUAAUUAUGAAAUCUUAUACUAAUUUUAUAUCUUUGCUUGUCCAUUAUAUAACAAGUAUUCAACUAAAGAAUCAUAAAAAUUUAUAUCAUUUUAUGCCUUUGGAUUUAACUAAUUUUAUAUCUUUAUCUCUUGUUAUAGAAAUGGCUCCAAAACGUAAAGGCAUUCUAUGUACUAUUCCUAUGGCCUUACAGGACGACGAUGAUAUAGUAGUAAGACAACAAGAUAGCAUAUGGAGGUCAACAAGACAACAUGGCAUUACAUUUAGAUCGGAAGGUCAAACUUCUACUGUGCAGCCACUAUCUCAAGUUCCAACUGGACACACAUCUAGCACACAGAAAUUACAGGAGCCAGAGCUGGCCAACCAGUGCACAUCUCAGAAAAAGAAGUCUAAAUAUGAUACUUACAAGGCAAUUAAUUUGAACUUAAUAACAAAUGGAGGUGAGAACAAACUAAUGGUAACAAUACCAUCUGAAGACUUUACUGCUCCCGUAGGAAAGAAUGCGAAGUACUUGGGCAACUACCUUGGCAAAAUUGUGAGAGAUUAUACUCGUGCUCCAAUUAGGGUCUGGUUGUCUGUUAAGAAAGGGAAAGAGGAUAUGAUGUGGACAGAAAUCAUGAAAUAUUUUGUGGUUAGUUCAGAAAGUUCUCCGAAGUUCAAAACUUUGGAAGAAAAAGGUGACAUGACCCCUGAUACACCAGAGGUAAAGCAAGAAAAAUUUUGCAAUCAUUGCUUUAGGAGUAUGGGUUCAAGCUUUCAUCGGUGGAAGUGUAGGCUCUAUCGUGAGCAUUACUUACUAUUCGAAACAGCUGAAGAGCGGCAAGCUGCAGUUCCUGAAGGGAUGGCACCUAACUUAUGGUACAAAUACAUUGUAGAGUAUGAGAAAGAGAAUUUUUAUAUCAAAUCUGAAAAAGUAUCUAAAAGUUGGUCCAAUCAAGUAAUCAUAUCAACCAUUGGGUCAAAAUCAUUUUGUCAAAAGGAGUAUGAAAUGAUGGAUCCUGAGACUGGUGAGAUGGCUGAUCCCUGUGAUGUAUGGGAGGCAGAGCAUCGAACAAAAAAGAAUGCAUCAGGAUAUUAUGAUCCAAAAUCGAAGGAAGUAUAUGAAAAGCUAAAGGAGUUUGGAUCCCAGCCCACACAAGAAGGUGAGAGACCUUUACAUAAAGAUGAGAUAUAUGCACGCGUCUUAAGAACUCGACCAGACUUAUCUCGUGGAAGAGGGGCUGGUUAUAAGUAAACUGUGAUUGAGACUUCAAAGACCAUUCGCAUAUCACAUGAAGAGUGAAAAUCUAUGAAGAAAAAAUGUGCAGAUAUGCAAGCAAAGUUACAAAAGAUGAAAGUAGUUGAAGGGCAGCUAACAGAAAUGGCAAGCUUGAAAGAGAGGUUACAACACAUGGAAAAAAUGAUGGCUCACUUCCUAUUGCAUGGAAGGGUUAACCCUCCAUCAAAUGAAUCAAAUGAAGUUGAUGAUGAUGAAACACAAGCACCGAAUGAUUAUGAAGGUGAUCCUAUGGAGGUGACUGUCAAUUCUCAAUCAGAAACUCCAUUUUCUGGCUUAGAUCUUUUGGGUGAUGACAACUUUUUGGGGAGACAUCAACAUUAAAUGCUAUAACUUUUUUGCUAUGUAUUUGGACAUAUGUGUAAGCAUGUGAGAUAAUGUCAUUCGAGCACUUUUAAAUUUUAAGGAUGUAUUUUGGUCUAUUGGUGGAUUUGGAUAUAGACUAGACAACUUUGUCUUUUGGAGAUUUCUUGAAAUUAAUAUUUUAUAAUAUUUGAAAUCUAAUAUUUCUCCA